AUGUCUGUUGUUGAUAUUUCUUCACUUUUUCGUCGUUUGCAUAACUUUCAAUGGUACUGGAAUUCAAAAGCCAAUCCGUCUUCAUAUAAUGACAAAUGGAUGAAAUAUACCGAUAUUGAAAAUGAAAUUAUCGAAGAUGCCUUUGAUGCGCAUAGAAAAGAGGUUGAAAUCGAUGGAGAUUACAUUAUUGAUUUAGAACAACUAGUUCAAUACAGCAACAUGAAUAAUAAUACACGACAACAAAUAAAACGUAUUGCGUCAGACUCAAAGACUACUGCUAAUAUUCACUUACGCGAGGAACGGUUUUCAUCACCAAUCUCGCUUGUCUCUACAUUACCAGAUAAAACAAUUGAAAAUAAAGAGAAGAACAAAAUUCGUCUUCAGCUGGUAAGAGGCACAGUUCAUUUUCCAAGCACAUAUCUAUGGUUUAUAACCAGUCGAAAUGCAACUUUUGCCGAUAUUGUUGAAGAAGCUGCACAAUGA